UUCCCAAAGCCUCUCGCCUAAACAUAUGCUUCGAGAAAAUAAUAAGUUUUUGACGAUGUAAAAGAAAAAUGGGGAACCAGUUUAAAAACGUGGCUAUUAUUGCCUGCCUCAAAACAUUUCUUUUUGUUUUUAACAUAUUUUUUUGGCUGACGGGGCUUCUCAUCCUAGUUGUGGGACUAUGGGCGGAGUUCGACCUGUACAAGUACAUGGAACUGUCUUCUGACUUUUCUGGAACAGCUCCUCAUGUUAUUAUUGGCAUCGCAGGACUGAUCGUACUCAUCAGCUCAGUCGCCUUCUCGUGUAUCAUCAAAGGCCAACCGGUAUUACUUUAUAUCUAUGGGGGAUUCUUAGUGUGUAUCUUCAUGAUGGACGCGGGGGUCGGAGCAUCAGUAGUGUGCUACCGAGACUCCUUUGCAAAGGGCUUACACGAUGGACUUUCACACACAAUUUCUACUUACGACCCCAACAAGGCCAAUUUCGAUUUCGCACAAACUAAGUUACAUUGCUGUGGUGUCUCCAACUACACGGACUGGAUGCGACUCUCUCCUCAACGAGUGAUACCCAUCUCAUGCUGCCUUGACACGAACCGUUGCGUUACUGCAAAUUACAACGAUGUUUACCAAAGGGGAUGCUACGAAGUCAUUACGGAAUAUCUAACAAACAACAUGAAUAUCCUCAUUGGAGUUGCAAUUGGAACUGCUACGCUACCACUCGUAGGGGCCCUGUUGUCUUGUUCCCUCGCCAGAUACAUCGAGAAAUCGAAAUAUGACGCCAUCAAUUGACCCACAUACAUAACGGAAAUAUCGAGAAGAUACAAAUUGUUGACCCGGAUCUGUACUUUUGACUGAAUAGUUAUUUGAUAUUCGUCUAUUAUAUUCUAGAUAUUAUUAGAUAUUUUAUGGAAAAAUUAUAACUAAUAUGAUAUAUAAUAAAUAAAGAAAUCUCAAUGUUUAUUAGUAAAUGUUACUAAGAUCCUAAAUUUUAACCUCCUCUUAAAACAAAAUGUAUUAAC